GCGGCGCAGCCCGGGCUCCGCGGCGUCGAGCCGGCCGGCGGAGGACGAGAGGCCAUGGACUGAGGAGCAUCAUGGGCGCCAAGGAGUCCCGCAUCGGUUUCCUCAGCUACGACGAGGCCCUGCGAAGGGUUACAGACAUAGAGCUAAAGCGGCUGAAAGAUGCUUUCAAGAGAACUUGUGGACUCUCCUAUUACAUGACUCAACAGUGCUUCAUCAGGGAAGUUCUUGGUGAUGGAGUCCCUCCAAAAGUUGCUGAGGUUAUCUACUGUUCAUUUGGAGGAAUAUCCAAAGGGCUGCACUUCAAUAAUCUGAUAGUUGGAUUAGUUCUACUUACAAGAGGAAGAGAGGAAGAGAAAGCAAAAUACAUUUUCAGUCUCUUCUCUAAUGAAUCUGGGAGCUAUGUUGUCCGUGAAGAGAUGGAGAAGAUGCUGCAUGUGGUUGAUGGGAAAGUCCCAGAGUCACUCAAGAAAUGUUUCUCUGAGAGUGAAAAGGUGAACUAUGAGAAGUUCAGGGUUUGGCUGUUGCACAACAAAGAUGCUUUCACAUUUUCCCGUUGGCUGCUGUCUGGAGGUGUGUAUGUGACACUCACUGAUGACAGUGACACUCCUACCUUCUACCAGACCCUGGCAGGAGUCACACACUUGGAAGAAUCUGACAUCAUCGAUCUGGAGAAACGCUACUGGCUGCUAAAAGCUCAAUCAAGAACUGGACGUUUUGAUUUAGAAACAUUUGCCCCCUUAGUUUCCCCUCCUAUUCAUCCAUCUCUGAGUGAAGGUUUGUUUAAUGCUUUUGAUGAAAACCGAGACAAUCACAUAGAUUUUAAAGAAAUUUCCUGUGGGCUCUCAGCAUGUUGCAGGGGACCCUUGGCAGAAAGACAGAAGUUUUGCUUCAAGGUUUUUGACAUCGACCGGGAUGGAGUCCUGUCCCGCACCGAGCUGAGAGACAUGGUGGUGGCGCUCCUAGAGGUCUGGAAAGAUAAUCGGACUGAUAAAAUACCUGAAUUGGGCAUGGAUUUGUCUGAAAUUGUAGAAGAUAUUUUGCAUAUGCAUGAUACCACAAAGCUUGGUCACCUCACUCUGGAGGACUACCAGAUAUGGAGUGUGAAGAGUGCACUUGCCAAUGAGUUUUUAAAUCUACUGUUCCAGGUGUGUCAUAUAGUUUUGGGGCUACGACCUGCCACUCCAGAAGAGGAAGGCCAGAUUAUUAGAGGCUGGCUAGAAAGAGAAAGCAGGUAUGGCCUUCAACCAGGGCACAACUGGUUCCUGAUUGCAAUGCCAUGGUGGCACCAGUGGAAAGAGUAUGUCAAAUAUGAUGCAAACCCUGUUGUGAUAGAGCCUUCAUCUGUCUUGAAUGGAGGUAAGAAUUCACUGAUAGCUGCUGCAGCUUCAGAACAGGGAGAAGACAAAAUGGGAGGUCUUAAUUACUUCAGUGCAUCAGAAGAAAAGUUUUCAGAUAAUAUUUCUACUGCAUCAGAAGCCUCAGAGACCACUAGCAGCAAUGCUCUUUACCCUGGCACACCAGGGACUGAUGUCUCUUUUGCUAGGCAGCAUAAUACUUCAGACAACAAUAACCAGUGUUUCCUUGGAACCAAUGGGAAUAAUUUGCUGCAGCUUAAUCCUCAGAAACCAGGAGCUAUUGAUAACCAACCCCUAGUAACACAAGAACCAGUGAAGGCUGCGUCGUUAACAAUGGAGGGUGGAAGAUUAAAGAGAUCUCCACAACUGAUAGAAGGAAAGGACUAUGUAAUGGUACCUGAACCAGUCUGGAGAGCACUAUACCAUUGGUAUGGAGCAAAUCUGUCCUUGCCCAGGCCGGUGAUCAAAAACAGCAAAACAAACGUGCCUGAACUGGAGCUAUUUCCUCGCUACCUGCUCUUCCUGAGGCAGCAGCCUGCCACUCGAACACAGCAGUCCAACAUCUGGGUGAAUAUGGGUAUGAUGAGCCUGAGAAUGUUUCCUCAGCAUUUGCCUAGAGGCAAUGUGCCCUCCCCAAACGCUCCCCUGAAGAGAGUGCUGGCGUACACAGGCUGCUUCAGCCGCAUGCAGACCAUCAAAGAGAUCCACGAGUACCUGUCCCAGAGGCUGCGCAUCAAAGAGGAGGACAUGCGCCUCUGGCUGUACAACAGCGAGAACUAUCUUACUUUGCUAGAUGAUGAAGAUCACAGACUGGAGUAUCUUAAAAUCCAGGAUGAGCAGCAUUUAGUAAUAGAAGUGCGAAACAAAGACAUGAGCUGGCCAGAGGAGAUGUCCUUUAUAGCAAACAGCAGUAAAAUUGACAGGCAUAAAGUUCCUACUGAAAAGGGUGCUACUGGCCUCAGCAACCUGGGUAACACCUGCUUCAUGAACUCCAGCAUCCAGUGUGUCAGUAACACCCAGCCCCUCACACGCUACUUCAUCUCAGGAAGACACCUUUAUGAGCUCAACAGGACAAAUCCAAUAGGAAUGAAAGGACACAUGGCCAAGUGCUACGGGGAUUUGGUUCAGGAGUUGUGGAGUGGGACUCAGAAGAACAUUGCACCGCUGAAGCUGCGGUGGACAAUAGCAAAAUAUGCUCCAAGAUUUAAUGGCUUCCAACAGCAAGACUCACAGGAGCUUCUGGCUUUUCUUUUGGAUGGCCUUCAUGAGGACUUGAACAGAGUUCAUGAUAAGCCAUAUGUUGAGCUGAAAGACAGUGACGGUCGACCAGACUGGGAAGUAGCAGCAGAGGCCUGGGAGAACCAUCUGAGAAGAAACAGAUCCAUUGUUGUAGAUUUAUUUCAUGGGCAGCUGAAGUCACAAGUGAAAUGUAAAACUUGUGGACAUAUAAGUGUUAGAUUUGACCCUUUUAAUUUUUUAUCCUUGCCCUUGCCAAUGGAUAGCUACAUGCACCUCGAAAUCACAGUAAUCAAACUAGAUGGUACCACUCCUGUUCGGUACGGCCUGAGGCUGAACAUGGAUGAAAAGUACACAGGCCUGAAAAAACAGUUAAGUGAGCUCUGUGGGCUAAAACCAGAACAGAUUCUACUUGCAGAGGUGCACAGCUCCAACAUCAAGAACUUCCCUCAGGACAACCAGAAAGUUCGGUUAUCAGUGAGUGGAUUUUUGUGCGCAUUUGAGAUACCCAUUCCAGGAUCUCCUACAUCAGCAUCGAGUCCUGUGCAGACAGAUGUCUCAACUGGGCCAUCAGCUAACGGAACACCCAACGUAAUGAUGAAUGGGGAUCUUCCUAAGCCAAGCCUAAUUCCAAACGGGAUGCCAAACACUGUAGUGCCAUGCGGGACCGAGCGGAACCACAGCAGCUGGACUCCCAACGGCCACCUGCCCUCGCUCUCCGACAGCCCCUGCACAGGCUACAUCAUUGCAGUCCACAGGAAAAUGAUGCGGACGGAGUUGUACUUCCUUUCAUCUCAGAAGAAUCGUCCCAGCCUCUUUGGCAUGCCACUCAUCGUUCCUUGCACAGUCCAUACACGCAAGAAGGACCUGUAUGAUGCAGUGUGGAUUCAGGUUUCCAGGCUGGCCAGCCCUCUCCCACCUCAGGAAGCUAGUAACCAUGCACAGGACUGUGAUGAUUCCAUGGGGUAUCAGUAUCCAUUCACCCUGAGGGUAGUUCAGAAAGAUGGAAAUUCCUGUGCUUGGUGUCCAUGGUACAGAUUUUGCCGUGGCUGUAAAAUUGAGUGCACGGAGGACAGAGCUUGUGUUGGGAAUGCCUACAUUGCUGUAGACUGGGACCCAACAGCACUGCACCUGCGCUACCAGACCUCCCAGGAACGGAUUGUAGAAGAACAUGAAAGUGUUGAGCAAAGCCGCCGAGCUCAGGCCGAGCCCAUCAAUCUGGACAGCUGUCUGAGAGCCUUCACCAGUGAGGAAGAACUGGGGGAGGAUGAGAUGUACUACUGUUCCAAGUGCAAGACCCACUGUUUGGCCACCAAAAAACUGGAUCUUUGGAGACUUCCCCCUAUUUUGAUCAUUCACCUGAAAAGAUUUCAAUUUGUAAAUGGUCGCUGGAUAAAAUCCCAAAAAAUUGUUAAAUUUCCCAGAGAAAAUUUUGACCCAAGUGCCUUUUUGGUACAAAGGGAUCCAAAUCACUUCCAGAGAAAGCAGAUGACCUUCCAGGUCGACAGCCUUCCUGAACCACGGACUCUCCAAGGGGAGCCUAGGAAAAUAGAUCUGCAUAUCACUUACACAGCAGGAGAAGGAGAUUCACUGAACAGGAGUUCCUCCUCCCUUAACACUACUGUCUUGAAUAACAUCAAAGCAUCUCCAUCUCUGGGGAGGAAAAGUGGAACCAGCUGUCCUUCAAGUAAAAACAGUAGCCCAAACAGUAGCCCAAGGACUUUAGGAAGAGGCAAAGGGCGUCUGCGGCUACCCCAGCUGGGUAAAAACAAACUGUCGAGUAGCAAAGAAAACCUGGACGCAAGCAAGGAGAACGGUACUGACCAGGAGCAGAGGCUGACUGCUGACCAAGGGGAUGCUCUUGGCAGAGGGCAGGUUUUGGGUGGCAGCCAGGGUGAACUCUACACUGCUCAGGACAAUGAGGUGACUCUAGCCAACGGAUGCAUCUGUGAGCAGAGUGCCUACAGCAAUGGCAGCAUCAACGGUCAGGUGGACAACCAGAGCGAGGACGAUACUGCGGAUGACCAAAGAGAUGAAGUCUGUGUGAACCCUAUUUACAACCUAUAUGCAAUCUCGUGCCAUUCAGGAAUUAUGGGAGGGGGUCAUUAUGUCACUUAUGCCAAAAACCCAAACAACAAGUGGUACUGCUACAAUGACAGCAGCUGCAAGGAGCUGCAUCCCGAUGAGAUCGACACCGACUCUGCCUACAUUCUCUUCUACGAGCAGCAGGGGGUAGACUAUGCACAAUUUCUGCCAAAGAUAGACGGCAAGAAGAUGGCAGACACGAGCAGCAUGGAUGAGGAUUUUGAGUCAGAUUACAAGAAGUACUGUGUCUUGCAGUGAGCUGAGGCUCUUCCCUGGAUGGUGUUGAGAACCUGAGGGAAAAUAUCCUGCCCCUGACACCUGGUGAACACGUUACUGAAACAGAUAACCCAAGUGUAGUUGUUGUCCCCCCAUGAUCUGAAAGCACAAACAGGAAACCCCUAAUUAAAUAACAGUUAAUAUGAAGAUAGUAGUUUUAAUUUUGUUCUGUUAUCUCACUACAUGCUCUAAACAUUUCUGAUGUUAGACAUCAGGCUGAGACUGCCAUUGGCCUUUAAAUCAAAUGGUUUGAGAAAAGCCAACUAGGACCAAAUAAGAGCUAAAUUAAAUAGUCCAGAUAAGAGCUAAACAAAGUAGUGUAGAGUUUACCAACUGUUCUAACAACCCCCAACAGCUCUCUUUAGGUUUAAGAUGAUGGGGGGGGGGGAAAUGUUGUAGUGUUGUCCAUGGACAACAUGAUAUUGCUACCUCCUUUUUCCUGCAGUUUUAUUGCAUUUUAUUGGCAAAACAGGGAAAGCAUGAGAAUGAGAAGUGCACAAACGUGAGGAAUUCUCCUGGAGAGCGAGAGACGUUUCCAGUUUUGCCGCCACUACUGUGUGUCAGUUGCUUUCUUUCCGUGUGUUGGGAGCACAACCAAAUCCUAGUUUGAGAAGAGGUUAACUUCUUAACACUCGAAUGGUUUAUUGAGUUUGUGUUUUUCCCCACGUGUUGGCUGUGCAGAUCAACAUGUUUCAGGAAUGGCUUUUCUGCCUGAGGAGUCGCUGUCUCGAGGAGAAGCUCCGGGUCGAAGAGAGUCAGUUGUGAUUGCACUAACGGUGUCUUAAGACGUGCACAUUGCACAGAAGCGUUCCCAACUUUUGGAAGGAGAGAUGCUUGAGCUUUUGUUUCAUGGCUGGUGUUGGUUGUUUCUUAACUUUGCACUUUGAAAACCGUGCUUUGCUUUUGUUGUUGUAAGGGCUCUGGAGUGAAUGGCUGUGAAUUAUCCACUGUGUAUUUCAAACGGGAAGCUGUGGCGGUCAGGUAGCUGUCGUAGCAUUCAUGGGAGAAGUUUGUUUGGUUUGAUUAUUUUUUUUCACCUAUUCAUGAUUUUAAGGAGUUUGUUUUCCAAAUCUGGUUGCCUUUUUGAAUGUUGUUUUUUUAUGUGUGUGUGGUUUUUUGUUUGGUUUGUUUUGUUUUUGCAUCUACUUGGCAAUUCAAGCAGAAUUGCUUUCUGUGCCCUUGCAACAGGUUCUUUAAAAGUCAGCAGGCUUCUUGCAUGAAGGAAAAGCUGGGCUGAGGCUUAGCAGAGCCUGACAGAAAAAGGUGGUGGUUUUUUUGAGUAAGCAUUUCUUUCAGCAUUUUCAGUGUUAAAUGGUUUGCAUAUCUGAAUCAAGAGAGAAGUUUCACUCUUGGCCUUUUGUUCUUCAGCUGAGUCAAAGCAGCUUUACUAAUUUUGUCCUGUGUCAUCUUCCAAAUUCUUUAGAUUUUCUAUCUUCACUAACAAAGUUGAUAUUUAACAUGGGUGAUGCCUGAAACAGAUCUUUGGAUUCGUUUUAAUGUGUUUUACAAGAAUGCCAAACCUACCAGUAAGCUCCCUUUCCAGAGAGAUCUCAGUUUUAACCAGUGAAGAAAUUCUCUCGGCUGAUCUUGUUGUCUUUACUCAGGCAAAAUCCUCCCUGCCUCUGCUGGAGGUUGUGCCUCUCUGAGGCCUGCAGGUCAGCUUCCAAAAUAAGUAUUGUCUCACUUGUCAAGUGGUGCUCCCUAUCCCAGCCAGUCUUUAAAGUGGUCUAAAUCUUGAGACUGAAGAAAAGCAAACAUGAAUUUCUAGACUAGAAGCUUUUUCAACACCCAUUUGUCUACUCCUUCCCCUGCCAACUCCAUGGAAAAGUGAAAGAUUUUUUUCAACUGUUUUCCUUUCAGAUGUUUUAUUUAAAGCAGGUAGCACAAUCUACUAAUGUUAUUUGAUCUUCUGUGUUUGUUACAUGGGUUGUAAUUAAUUUUCUUUCUUCUUUUUUUUUUAAUAAUGAAAUAAAUUAAUGAAUUAGCAGUAAAUUUAUUAAGUUAACUAUUAACUAUGUUCACUUUGUAAAUUAUUGUACAAAACCUAUUGACGAUGCACUGACUUUAGAAAAGAUGUUCAUGUACAUAAAUACCUUGUAAAUAAAAUAGUGUUGAUGUACUGCAAUAUGAGCUGUAUUAAAAAACAAAACAAAAAAGGUAUUGGUAAUUGUAUAUGGAGUGAACCUGUUUAUCUGUAACUAUAUUAUUCAAACAAAUUAAAUACUGUGGAUGCAGACAAA